CUAUAUAUUCGUGAUACACGCACCCAUACUCAUAUUAUACGUACAGAACAGCGAAUAUAAUGAAUAAGUUGCGAGAUACGUCAUAGAGCCGCAUACGUGUGUGCGUACCUGCACGUACAUAGGUAUAUUACCGAUACACCUCCAGGCUCAGAGAGAAAGAGCGUCAGAGAGUUGGGUUGGAGUGUAGGUUUAGCAGUAGAGUAAAAAGCUGAAAAGUCGUCGGAUCGGCGUCGUGGAUCGGAGCAGCGGAGGCGGUGGUGGAGAAAGAAAGAAAAGAGAUAAUAAAGCGUGGUGUGUUAAUUUCGUGCGUGUGUUUGCUCCUCGACAGCUGCAGGGGAGCGGGGGGGGGUCCGUCGCCGCGAUAAGCGAGAAUAUAAUAUCACCAAAGAAGCAGAACCGCGAGAGAGCACGAAAAGAGAAGGGUACAUGUAUUCCUUCUUCUCUCGUCAGGGCUACAUGUCUGUGUGUCCCCUCGUUGUUGACAGGCGUACAUUGUAAACGCAGCGGACGAUCUGAUACAGAGAGGUAGUGUGCACAACAACAACAACAGGUCAUUGUUUUAUCACCAUCACGACUGAGUUAUCGGUGCAGCGAAAGAUAUAUUUACAACAACAAAAAAAAAGAAAAAUAAUAAUACACAUCUAAAAGUGAAUUGCGCUCAUUGUUAGGUGCAACGUGUAUACAGCAGCAAGUAAUCACCGUACCAAAGUACACACAAUAGAAUAGAGGCCGCGACGAUGACGAAAGCGCAGUGAGUUUGUAUAUUUUACGUGUCCAAGUCUCCGUUGUACGGAUUAAGUGUACUCGUUGUAAGUAUACACAUCUACCACUCUGCUCCGUGAGCGUACCUUAUAUUAUAUGUACGCCGUGUACGUCUGCGGCUGCCGCCUGCACUCUCAUUCCGCUGCAGCGACAUGGACUCCAUCAGAAAAUGGUUCUACAGGCCAAAGAAAGAGGACAAGAGCCUGCUGGCGCAGUUCUUCUUCGCGGACGAGUCGCUGAACGGGGUGGCCUGCGAGCUCGACUCGUUCGACGGCCGCCAGGAGCCGGAACGGUGCACGAGCCUGGUGAACCAACUGCGCCACUGCCAGGACAAGGUCCUCAGCAUCUGCAACCAAAUAAUGGACGAGCUGAUACCCGAUUCCCGGGCGAAUAGGGACUUCCGGGUGAAAUUCCCCGACGACGUGAUGCAGGAGAACCUUGCCGGCCAACUGUGGUUCGGGGCCGAGUGCCUCGCCGCUGGCUCCUCCAUCCUGAACCGCGAGGCCGAGAGCCUGGCCAUGCGACCCCUCGCCAAGGCCCUCACCAAGUCGCUCGAGAUAGUCCGCAACCUGCUGCGCGAGCAAGCCCUCCGCGGACAGACGAACCUCAAGGCGCAGAAUCCCCUCGAACCCUCGACCGAGAAAGUGAUCGAGUCCCUCAAGAUCUUUGAUCGGCUGUUCGCCGACUUUGAGCUCUGCUACGUGGGUGCGAUGGUCCCGGUCAAGUCGACCAAGGAGUACGAGCAGCAGGAGCUCGUCUGCGUCCUUUUUUCCGAGACCCUGCAACGUGCUCUAGAGCGGGGCCUCCUGCGCCAGACCGACGUCGACAAUUACGAGCCGGCUCUCAUGUUCACCAUACCCCGGCUGGCCAUCGUCGCGGGACUCCUGGCUACACCCGGUGGGCCCCUCUGCCUCGAAUCCUCGUCAUCUUCCUCCGACUCGAUUAGCGAAAUGUUCCGGCCCUUCAGGAGUCUUCUGCUCAAGAUACGCGAGCUCCUCUGGACGCUCAACAGCCGCGAGCUUUGGAUGCUCGAAAAGCUGCUCUGCUCGAUCGAGGACGCCUCGACGACGACGACAACUGUGACGACGACGACGGACCAGUCGCUGCCGGACCUCGACGACUUUGUUCACAACUUUUACACGGGCUAUCCCAACUGCAAGGACUUUAUCGCCGAUUUCUACACGGUGACCAAAAACAACGGCAGCAACAUGGACGAGGUCGCUAACGACGCGGUCCUCAUUAUCGAGCAGGCCAUCGAGGAGCCUACUACCCCCGCCCAGCGGCACGACUCCACCGGCUCCUCCGACUUUUAUUCCUGCGACUCGGUAUCGGUGGACCCGUCGGAUAAUCAGGCGGAAAGUAGCAGUAGCAGCAGUAGCACGACCAACAGCGCCAACUCGGCCAAACUGAUAUCAGAGGCGAACAAGAGCCUGUCGAGCCUGCUGAUCCUCAAGGCUGGGGACUGCGGAGCAGACCCGUCGUCCGAGCACACGGACUCGGGCAUCUGCACGGUCAUAUCCUCGGAGAACACGAGUCUCUACGACAAGAGCCCCGAGGAGAAGAAGAGCUUCGCCGGUGAGUUGGAGCAGCCGGCGAGCGACGACGAAAACGAGUCGAAGGAACAGCCGGAAGAAGGCCAUCGCCAGGUGGAGCACGAGGAAGAGGAGGAGGGGAAUACCAGCUACCUGUGCUCCAACGUCUUUAAUUCGCCGAACAAGCGCCGGGACUCGAACAAAUCCUCCGACAAUUCGAGCUCGUGCGUCUGCAACCGAGCCUCGAGGGCCAGCAGCUCCGCGUACCAGCUCACGAGCUCGCUCGAGGCCCCGUGUAAGCAGCAGCAAAACUCCCACCAGCUGCACAGCUCGAGCGAGGAGAUUGUCGGCUUGGCCCUGGGUAGCGGCCAGAUUCCCGUCUGCGACGCCAACAACUUGCAUCCGAGCAGCUGCUUCCAAAUCAACUACACCGAGAACUGGGAGAACCUCAACCUGAACAUCGAGGCGAGCUCGUCGUCGCACCACAGAGAGUUUUGGACCGAUCUCAAGUGCGAGGCCUGUCCCGCGACCUCAUCGAGCUCCUCGCAGAAGCAAUCCCACCACCACCACCACCACCAGGACAUACUAGCGAGCAGUGGCAGUAGUGCCAGUAACUGCAGGAGGCAGCGCAAGGAGGACAAGCAAAAGCGUCGCCAGCAGCACGAACGGGACAGUUGUCCCGACGCCAGCUCAAGGAAGCGCGUGACGAGCCUUCAACUGCCAGCCAGCACCGAAAGCUCGCGCUCCAACUCGACCGACAGAUGCGGCCUCAACAACAACAACAACCCACGGCUGGUCAACUUUGGCUCGAGUCUGCACCCUAGUCAGAAUACACGGCAGAUGCCAAGCUUCGGGGCUUGCAGUCCCAGGGCGAGUCCCCGCAUGCAGCACUUUGAGUCCAGGACCAGCUCGAACUCGAGACGACAGCAGCAGCUGGCACCAACCCCGUCAUCCCAGAGUUCGAGGAAACUACUGGAUCACCGGAGACAGAGAGCCGGCGAGCACUCGUCGCACCGCUCCAAGCAUCAGAGGCGGUCGGCCCACAAGCUUGAGCACUGCAAGAGAAAGAACGGCAGCAGGUGCCACCAUCACAACGGCGGGCUUGCGCUCUUCAACGACGGCCUCGGGCCAAGGACUAACAAAAGUGGAAUAGUGACGAGUGAACGACGAGUCGCGAGCUGUGCUCAGACCAACGGUUCUAAUGUUAAUAAUAGUAGUGGUAGUAAUAACAACAACAACAACAACAAUAAUAAUAACAACUCAUCGUUGGAAGCGAAGAACGAUUCCAGCUCCAACUGGUCGAGCGGCAGCGACUCGAGCUCCGAGACGAGCGAGUUCCAGAGCGACUGCCAGGACGACGAGGAGAUAGCGCUGGCGAUGCAGGCCGCGGAGAUAGCCAACAGGAAUCAGAUUCGAGCCAAGUUUAGAUCCUCGGAAGACCUGGUUCACAGGCUAUUCGUCUGCAUAGCCGGAGUAGCCGACCAACUCCAGACGAACUUUGCUUCCGACUUGCGCAACAUCCUCAAAUGCGUCUUCCUGAUGAACAGUAGCCAGCCAGCGAGUGACGACGAAAAACCGAGCGAGCCUUCGUCUCCCCUGGCUGUAGAAAACGAUACGCCAGAAAACGCGUCCGACGUUCCCCCAGUGGUCCAGCAGGAGACAGCAGAGAACGAAGCUCACCAUCACGAGCGACCAGAGGACAACGAGCCGAGCGAAGACAGAGGAAGCUGCAAUAACCCAGUGACAACCGAGCGGGGUGAGGAGUGCGUGGAGCGAGCGCCAGUCUGGGUCCCGGACAGCGUGGCGCCGCGCUGCAUGGCCUGCCAAGCUGGAUUCACGGUUGUGCGGCGUCGGCAUCACUGCAGGAACUGCGGCAAGGUCUUUUGCGGUCGGUGCAGCUCCAACAGCGUGCCCCUGCCGCGCUUUGGCCACACGAAGCCGGUUCGCGUCUGCAACCGGUGCUUUCUUUACCAGGUGACCCCGUUCUGCGUAUCCCCAGUCGCGGCCUCUGCCACCAGCUGAAUCGACUGAUUAGUUCUCGUUAGGGACGUAUCAUUUUACAACACGAUUUUACUCUCGACGUACAAAAACGAGCGUGCGUUUGUACUGGUUUUUAAUGGUGGACCUUUUUUGUUUACCCCACCCGACUCGCUUACAUUUUACCGAAAAAGAUAUGCGUUCAUCCUCGCUUGGAGAUGUAUACGCAUAUUAUACACUAUACAUACCUUUUUUCGCAAUACUUAUUUUCUCAAAGUCAAUGUAUUAUAAUCAUAUAGAUGAUGAUAAUAAUAAUUAUUAUAUCAGUAAUAAUAACGAUGCUAGUAAUAGUGAUUCUGGUUAAUAAUAAUGGUGAUGAUGAUGAUGAUGAUGAUGAUGAUGAUAAAUGCGUGAUAAUUUUUAUAAAGAAGACGUAGAUAUUUUAAAAAAUCUUUAUAUAAUAUUGUAGGCUUUGCACCAAUUCUUCUCCAACGUCGUUACGAUAAUGUGUUCGCAAAAACACAAAUGAGCUAAUUUUCUAAAACUUCAAUUUCCUUGAUAGCCUCAGUGAGCGAUAUGUGUGUGUGUCGUAGGCACAUUUGAAACACGCUGCAUGUCUUUGUCUUUACUUUUUUUUUUUUUUUUUUUUUCACGCGAGCUCAAGUGUUCGAUAAAUUUAUGAAAAGCUGGGGAGAUAUAAAUUAUUGUGUUGCAAACAACUUUGUUGUAUCCUCGGCGCCGCAAGAACGAUUCCAUUAUUUUUUCCUAUACUUACUCUCAACGUGUCUGCUGCACCGGAAUUUUUUUCCGAGAUGCAGUACACACGCGUAUCUGAACAUAUCUCAAAUCUACAGCGGUAAAUCAGUGAUACACGAAUAAGUUGCAUUGAGAUGUAAUGUUAUUUCAACGGCAUAACUGAGAUACAAGGUUCUUAUCGUUGCUGUGUACAAAAAAUUUUAACCAGAGCUGGUCUAUGUGAUAGGCACGCGUGUUUGUCAUUUUUUGGAGUUGACACUUGGUUUUAAAAAAUUUUAAUCGCAACAACAAAAAUUCUAAUUAGAUUAUGUAUAUAUAUAUAUAUAUUAUAUUUAAGCCUAAUAUUAUGUAAAACUGCCUGCGUUGAAUAUUCCUUGGCACCUCACGAAUGCGUUGUGUUGUGCACUUUUCGCAAAAAAGCUCGAUAAAAUACAAAGACUCACGUGCCAAAUUCACAGGACAAUAAAAAUACAAUUUAUUUUCUUGCUGUCGAUUUCAAAGUAAAAUUUCAAUACCGAUAACAGCUAGCACUGGAUGACCAGUGUGAUUAUAAUUAUGGAGAGUGUCGUUUGAAAAAUCGAAAACUCAACCAAGGAAUAUUCGAUCAAGUACUCGUGCAUUUGGAUUUGAAAGACUGUUCUCACGCGUACAUAGGUUAUUAAGUAUUAUCAUGUAGAGUUACUUUGUUGUAAUUUGUUCGACAAGAGUCUUGGAACUUUAUAUAUAUUACGUCGUAAAACGACGUCAAAGUGUAAAUUCACUACAAUUUUAUAGCAUACGGUUUUCUAAUUUCUACAUCUACGUUACGGUCAUAAUAUUAUGUACGUGCAUAAAAAUACCUUCUAAUCAAUUAGAAGUAAAAGUUUUUACAUGAUUCAUUAUAAACAAAAAAAAAAAUAAUAAUAAAAAAAAAAUAAACAAAAUUGUCGUUAGAAUCUUAAUUGGAUGAGAGAUGACUGUUUGUAAGUGUUCAAUAAUUUUGUUGAAAGUCAAUCGAUGUUUUUUAUAUAUUUUGUUUGAGUAUAGAAAUUUUUGUUGACAUUCCACUUGCCAGUGUGUAUGCAAAUGCAAUACUUGUGAAAUACGUAAAAAUUAUACGUUUGCCCUUACAUGUAAUAAAAUAAAGAAAAGUAGCUUGUUACUUCAAAAACCGACUUGUUGACCAGAGCUGUCCUGCCAAACAUCUAUCUGGCUUGAUGGUGCCCGGCAAGCAUACAUUUUGUUUGAGAUUUUUUUUAUUUUCGCGAAUGGUAGAGCAAUACAAUUCCAAACUACUAAUGACCAAAUUUAUGAAUGAGAGCUCUCGAUAUUUAGCCGAAUAAAGUUUUAUCGUUAUCGUAGUGUACACAAUGGCAAAUUACUGUUGUUUUGCGAUUGUUAAACGUAAUUUUUCUCGUUCGGCCGGAAUAUACUAAAUUUGUCAUUUCCAAUCUUAUCAUUCUCGUUUGGAGAUUGGUGGGGGUGUAUGCAAUAAAGUACUGAUACAGAAGAAAAAAAAAAAAGUUACUUAUUUUUAUAAGCUAAUAGUUCCGCUGAAUAUUACAUAAAUAUUCAAAUGGACUUGUGGCAUUAGUGUGUUUAGCGAAUUUAAAACGUCAAUGCUUAAACUGUAAUGUAUAAUCUUGAAGGAAUUUUCAAUUUCCGUACUAUUAAUUAUGUUUCAAUGUAAAAAUAUGGACCAUGAAAAAAUACUUGGUAAUUUUUUAAAAUUAAAAUCAAGUGCACAAUAAAAAAAAAAAAAAAGAUUGAAAAAAAUGAAGGAAAAAAAAACACUGCAAGGAUUUUGUCUGCGUAAAAGAGAUAAAUCAAGUUUAUCGACAAGUCCGCUACGUAAAGCGAGAAUUUCCAAUCUUUGUCGGAUGACGCGCGAAAAAAAAAGUGUUUGUAAUCCAUAUCAAAGAUGAUUUAACUGAUUGAAAUUUAACGACUAGUAGUACGCACUGAAUGUAGAGCAAACGUUUGUAUGUGUUAUACGAUCUAACAAUAAUAGUAAUAAUAGUCAAGGUGUGUCCCAACAACGGCAAUCAUGUAACGAAAGAAAUAAAAAUAAAAUAAAACACCACAACGCUGCUGAUGAAAA